UUCUCUUCGGUGUCGAUGGCUGAAGAUGGAGGUCGGUGCUUCGUCCUCUGGCGGCACCGCGGCUCUCGUUACCGAGGCUCAGUUUACUCAGCUUUUCAGAAAACUCUUGAAGAAAGAAGGGAUUUUGAACUCCCUUUAUCGAGUGCAGAAACUUCCUGAUGGGACCACAGCAUUGCCUAUACUUGGCCAAAACUUCACAGCGCAGCACCUACAACAGCUAAAGGAGAGCAUACCACAUGGAAAGGCCUGCGCUCUGACAUGGAUACAUAAUCCUAUUCCUUCGAAAGCAGUUAUGGUAUGUUCACCUGUUCAGAAACUGCACAGUGAGCUACAGCACCUCAUGUCAAUCUAUGGUGCUACAUGGUCAGAAGAGUUGGAGAAAGAUCUGCCACGGUCCUGGCAGAGGCAUGGGGACCUUGUUCUUCUAAGUGAAGAUUGUUUUAGAGCAAAGCAGUGGAGAGAAUUUGGCCAAGGACUUUGGCAGGUGGUUGCUGAUGCUUUGGGGUCCCGGCGUUUAGCCAAACGGGGGCGAGUGCAGACGGAUUUGUUUCGCUCUCCUGCUGUGACCCUGUUGCUGGGUGAGGAUGGUUGGGUUGAACAGGUGGACAACGGAAUCAGAUACAGCUUUGAUGUGACCCAGUGCAUGCUGUCUCCCGGAAACAUUACUGAGAAGCUACGGAUAGCCUCUAUGUUAUGCGCUGGAGAAGUAGUGGUGGAUCUGUAUGCUGGGAUUGGCUAUUUCACUCUGCCGUACUUAAUUCAUGCUGGUGCUGCCUUUGUCCACGCUUGUGAAUGGAAUCCCCACGCUGUGGAAGCUCUUAGGAGGAACCUGCAGCUGAACGGCGUUCAGGAUCGCUGCCACAUUCACCAGGGGGAUAAUAGGAAGGUUGAACUACAGGAUGUGGCUGACAGAGUAAACCUGGGAUUGAUCCCGACGUCGGAGGAAGGGUGGCCAGUCGCCUGCCAGGUCUUGAGAAAGGACGUCGGAGGGGUCCUUCACAUACACCAAAACGUGGAGGCGUUUCCAGGAAAGGCACCCGAGUUAUCCCAGCAACUGGAGAAGAAUCAAUCACCCAAGCAGCGUCCCACCCAAGCAACUUCCCGUGUCCAAGAAGAUCGCGUAGCUCUGAAGGACCACGAUGUUCUCCAGAAGGUUGGACAAUCCUUCACAGCUUCAGCCAAACAGGAAUGGCAGGGCUGGGCAGAAGUCACGGCGACACGGAUCCAGGAUUUGCUUCAGGACCUGGACAGGAAACCUUGGAAAACCCAAAUCCUGCAUCUUGAACAUGUGAAAUCGUACGCCCCUCACAUAGACCAUCUCGUCUUGGAUCUAGAUUGCCGGCCGCUCGAGUAACGUAUGGGGAAUAUCUUCUCUCGUACUCAGGGGAUCUUGGAAGAAGCACAUUCUGGAUCUUCUUCACAAGCUGCUUCCUGCUUUUUGAAUCCUGAAGUUGGUGGCUGGGAGUGUCACAUGAUUUUGGGGGUUUUGUGAAUGCAGUCAGAACUUUAAUGAAUCUUGGCAGGGACUGAACAUAAGUAGGUGAUAGAAGUGAUUUGGGCAACUAGUUGAUGCCUGCUGGGUUCUACAAGAUAAGCCAAUCCUUCAAGCUAUAAGCCAAUCCUUCCAGAGCUAAACUAUUUGCUGGAGGUUCUACAUCAUAUCAAAUAACUUUUGGCUAUCAUAGAUGAACCUGGUUCUUCCCUAUGGUGUCUGCAAAAGAGCAUAGGAAUUAUGGAAACGAUUACAAACCACGUAAGCUAAAUCCAGCCAUUCACAUGAAAAAACAUUUCUUAUUGCCAUUCUUGGUUGACUAACCCAGAAUCAUGCAUUUUAAAUUAAGCUGAAAACCAUCGGAUCUUGGCUCCCAUGUCUGGAUUCACACAACAGCUAGAUAUAAACAAGUCCAUGGUGGUUUAAUUGGCCUUGUGCCACAAGAUGAGUGGCAUAUAAAUUAAAUAAAUCAACAAGAAGCCAACCAAACCUGGUUUUUCAGUGAACGAAAGCAGGCAUAGUUCGUGCAAUAACUAACAUUGUUUGAUUCUAAUUCCUUCUCUCCUUUUGUGAAUGAGGAAGACAAUUGCAUGGUAAAACUGAUCUUUGGGACAGCCUUAAUCUAAUGUUUAUCUUCCUCCUAGAUAAUAGAAGCUGCAAACACCUAGUUAGGGCGAUGUCUGUGUUUAGUUUAAAGGGUUGUGGUUGCUGCAUUUUUUUUAACCAGAGCUGAGAACUAAUGCCCAGGGAAAACAUGUGAGUCAUAUUAGCUAGCCUUUUGUUUGUUUUGUAGGCUACCACCUUUAUCACCUUUUCAUACCAGGUUUGAACUACAGCACAGUUAGAUGAAAAGUCUUCAGUUGCUGAUAUGCAAAAAGGCAAUAUUAUGAUAGAAGUACUGUGUGUUAAUUGUUUUUUUGAGCAAAGUAUCAAUGUAAUUUCUAUUUGUAAUUCUAAUGAAGAAAGUUGGAAGUUACUCUUUUUUUUUUUUAAAUUCCUUACACUUUCCUCCUUUUUCUCCCAUUUUCUCUCUCUCCCCACCCCCCCGGGGUUUUAUUAAAUGUCUACAGAAGGUAAAACAUAAAAUAUAUACAGGACAAUAUA